AAGACUUACACGGUGCAUUCUGCUGUCUGCAUCACAAAGAACUAUUUAUUUUCUUUUUUAAGUAUUCUCAUUACUUUUACACAUCAAAUGCUUGCUUAAAUGUAUUGCUAACUGCAGCAUUGAAUAAACAGACAUGCACCGGUAACUUGUUUCAGUAUGGUGAUAUGUCCACGACUGGUGGAGGCUGGGAGCAGAACUUUACUGAUUUGACAACAAUAACAUCAAUAAUGGCGGGAUUGACCCCUCUUACUCAUCUUUUUUUUUUUCUGAUACACUCCAGCAGUUUUUCUGACUGACUUGUUUUUCUAAUGACCUCCCUGACACAGAAAAGCAGCUACAAUGAGUGCAUUGUCCAGGAUAACCUACAUGUCAAGCCUGACUUGCCAGCAACUGCCUGCCAGGGAACCCACAACCAAUCAAGUUAGUGUGUAUGCUGUUCAGAAAAAAAAGAGGAAAUUAAAAAGAGGGGAGCUAUAUAAACAAAGUUAUAUUUUUACUUAAGAUCAAACAAAUAACUAAUGCAUCAUUCAUUUCACUUGUGCACAGCUUCCACACAGACUGUCAUCAAUUUGAUCAAUACGUGCGUUCCUGUACUUAUUGACGGAGGGGGUUAACUUCUGUUAACAUUUGUCUAAUUUGAUACAAGGAGGGCUUGGGGAACACCCCACUCCCCCUGACCCACCGCCCUUUUCUUUCCCUCCCUUUAAUUAUCACUGCAGAACCAGGGCUCCUGGACUUCUCGGUGUCUGACUUUUAGAGAAAACAGAGCCGUUCACAUGUUUCUUACAGACAGAAAUAUACGUGAAGACGUGCAUCCAAAACCUUCUGAUUGAUACAGCGCCUUAAAGUUGGACCUUUUACACUUGUUGCCAGACAAAGCAUAGCGGAUAUAUUCUAAGCACACUAAAUAAGGAUUAUCAUUAAGGAAAUUCUUUACUCUUUGCUGAUGGAAGUGAGAUGAAAAAAAGGACUUCUUAAACCUAACUAGAUGCACUAAACGCUGAUUUGCUGAUUUCUUGUUGAAACGUAACAUUUCUCAAGAUCACAACUCUUCUACAGGACCCAAUCUGUGCCACUUGCUCGUUUGUUCUUACUCUUGUUUCGGUGUUGCGGAAGAGGACAAAACUUUCUCAGGUUCAAGAAGGAAGGUAUUCAUUACAGGUUAUUUUUGAAUUGGACAACUAUUUUUGGAGAACUCUGGCUGCAGGUCAGUGCGUGGUACCCUAAAACAACAUGGGGAUUGUAUUUUGGAUGUUUUCUCUUCUGGCUCUUCCAGUACUUCAGUCUGCCAAGAUCCUGACUGUCUGUCUAAUUGGAGGAAGCCACUACUUGUUAUUAGAUGAAAUUUCUCAUAACUUACAUCAGCAUGGCCAUGAGGUCCGCAUGCUCUUGCAACUUGGCAACCCUGUCAUUACAGGUUUCUCCUAUGUCGGCCGGGCAGACAGUUACCAAACCAGCACCUGGUCCUUAGGAGAAGAAUAUAUCAAAGAAUAUAACGGCUGGUUCCUGCAGCAACAAACACAGUUUUUUCUUGGAAGGGAUACUUUUAAUAACUUUCUAAACUUCAUGGGCCACCUGUCCUAUCAGUGUGACAAGCUUUUAGAGGACAAAGAGAUAAUAAGUUUCUUAAAGAAGGAACGCUACGACAUCGCCAUCCUUGAUGCUUUUAAUCCCUGUUCCUUCAUCCUGGCACGCAAACUUGGUGUCAACUACAUAGCUUUCUAUCCUGGCACUAUGAACGGUCCUCUGUCCAUUGCUCUCCCAAGUCCAGUCUCCUACAUCCCAGUCUUCAGCUCCCAGCUGUCUGACCACAUGAGCCUCUGGGGUCGCACAAAAAACCUCUUUUAUUCAUUCUUGGCCCCCGUGGGUCAGGCACGUGUAUGGGCAACAUUUAAGGAAGUAGCUGAGCGCCACCUUGAGUCAGGCUCACCCCCUGGUGGUCUGGAGGAGUUACAUCAGGGAGCUGAACUCUGGGCCUUCAACACUGACUUUUCAUUAGAAUUCCCGCAGCCACUUAUGCCCUACACUGUUCUGGUGGGAGGUCUGCUGAAUAAACCUGCGAAGCCUCCAGAACAGGAUCUUGAGUUGUGGAUCUCCAGUUUUGGAGAGUCAGGUUUUAUUGUUGUCACACUGGGAUCAAUGGUCUCUUCAGUAUCUGUGGACCUUCUACUGGAGGAGCUGGUAGCUGGCUUCUCCAGGAUCCCACAGGGGGUUCUCUGGAGGUACGACCAAAAACGAUGGCCAUCUCAGCUGGACAGACCUCCCAACCUCAGGCUGGUGGACUGGCUGCCUCUUAAUGACCUGCUGGGACACAAAAAAACACUUCUGUUUAUCACCCAUGGUGGACAGAACAGCCUGCUCCAGGCAGUGUACCAUGCUGUUCCAGUGCUGGCAAUCCCUCUGUUUGGGGACCAGUUUGAUAAUGUUGUGAGGGCUGAAACAAAGGGACUUGGCCUCGCCAUCAACCCCACAUACGUCACCAGAGAGCUGCUCAGCUCCACUAUUCGCACAUUAAUACAGGACAAAGGGUUCAAGUCUUCAGCUUUGACCCUUAGCAGGAUCCACAAAUCCCAUCCGGUCCCUCCAGCUCUUCGACUCGUCCAGUGGGUGGAGCACAUCCUGCACACUGGAGGGGGAAAACAUCUAAGGCCAGCAUCCCUAGAGCAACAAUGGUACCAGAGAUACCAGUUUGACUUGAUGCUCCUUCUCUCUUUGGGGCUUCUCGGACCUGUAGUGCUCUGCUGGACUUUGUGUAGGAACAAGAACAUCAGGGAUGAACACAAAAAGAUGAAGUAGCAACACUAAACACUUCCUCUUCACUUCAGCUCAGCUCCAUAACUCAGUUCUUUGAUACUUGUUCUUCUUGGGCUUCUUGUUUUCUUUGCCACUAAUAUGAUAGAAAAUAAAAAGCUGCAGAAAUACAACUUUUAAAUGUUUUUUUUUCAGAAAAGUCUCUGCAUCUGUCACAAGCAAAGCUGCAAAGUAAUACAAAGCAGAAUUAAACAUUAAAAGCUC